AUGGCCAAGCGACUCGACUUGGAAGCGCGUCUGCGAGCGCUGCGCGCCCACAAGCGACCGCUACUGUCGCCGCCCGCGCCGUCUUCUGCCCCUGUCUCGCAUCGGUCAGCAACGGGCUCCAUGACGGGCUCUUCGAGUCCGCGUCGCUCCCUUUCGACUGACAGAGCCGUCGCUGACACUGCGUCAGGCACUGACGGACCUGUGCGUCGCGCCGCUUCUGCACGUCCGGACGCGUACGUUCUCUUUCCCAGUAGGCGCUGCGCGGCUGUGGACAACAGGACGGCAUUGGCGGCCCGAAGAGCGCGGGAACCUGCGGUAGCACUGGAUAAAGUAUCGCAGGGUCGAGCGGCCGAGUUGUUGGGUCGGGAGUACGAAGAAGCAGUGAAAGUGGCGCAGUUUGCGAUGGACAAAGAGCGCCGGCAGAUGCCCCACGCAGCAAUUGACGCGUACAUUCGCGCGGGACAGAUCCUCAUUGAGAUUGGCAGAAAACAGGCAGUGCCGUAUCUACAGGCGAUCGUGAAAGCCAAAGCUCUGGAUCUGCUGCAACGCGCCGAAGCGCUGUCCGAGUGGACGAAUGACGUCUUGGCAAAGGACUCGAGUCAAGACGCUCUGGCGGAAGCGUACCUGCAGUCGCAGCGCAACCGCAGCGAGUCGUAUUCAGAAAAGCAGCGACUCGUGUCGAAAAUGCACGAGAGGAACCUCCAUAUGAAGAAGAAGCUGAACCAGCUGACGCUGCUGACGACUGUUCGGAAUCGCAUGAUCAAAGCCGUUAGAGCGCGACGGGCGCGGAAAGCAGCGGAGGCCAAGGUGAGACAGGAAGCAGAAGCAAACGCGAGAGUGUCUCGAGGCGUGAUGCGGAGGUGUGGAGGAUGGGAUAGCGACGUGACGGAAAAGAGGGGUAGCUAUUCGUACGGAGACGGCGACGAGAGCGAAGACAGCCGUAUCGAAUUCAGUAACAUCACGGGCUCGAGCUCGGAUGAAGAGGAGGAGACACGGAAAAGUUACGAGUCCCACGACGUUUCGCGUACUACAGACAGUUCGCCGCGAGAAGUGCAAAAGAUUGAACUGGUCAACGAGUUACACGAACGCAUUGGGCUCCCUCAGAUUGACCGUUUCCGGAAAUUCGAGCCGCUGACGACCGACUUGACAACGUACAAGAAACAGGCCCAGCUACAUACUGAAUUGGAAGCAGCCAAGCAAGAAUCUAUCAAGUUACAAGCUGCAGUGCAGGAGAUGGAAAGAAGUCUAUGGCUUGCCGAAGAGCGUUCAAAGCAGCUGUCGAUGAGGUUGGAAGAAAAGAAAGCACGAGAGUUUGCUGAGGUGCAGAGCCAACUAGAGCGUCUGCGGGAGGAGCUCAAGAUGGAUCGGCAACGGUCAUCUUCGUUUUACAGCGAGCCGACAAGUUGGAAUACGUCCCAGGCCACAGAUCCUGUCGAGCAACAUCGUGACGCUACAAAUGGUUACACUCGACGCGCAUUCGUACACCGUACUUCGCCCGUGAGUGCAGAGGACGCUUUACAUCAUUCACGAGCAAGUGCAAAGCACAGCUUUUUGACUCGGUCGUACGAGAUGGACGAGGAGGAAACAGAAGAAGACGAUGAUGGCGGCAUUUGGCUAUGA